AUGAAUCAAGACUUUUUGAAAGAUUUAGAUGAUUUGGAUGAUGAUGAGGAAAUAGUUGUAGAUGAUGGGUAUGGCGAUGAUGAUAACAAUGAAGAAGAUGAAAUGAAUGAUGAAGAUUUGUAGAAUCUUGAAGGUUUUGAUGAUGAGGAUUUGGAGGGUGAUAAUCUAGAAGAAUAAAUUGUUAAAAAAGUAAAAACACAAAAUAGAGAAAAUGAAAAGGAAAAUGCUAUUUAAGAGUUUAAGACAGCUUUUUAAAAAGUUUAAUCCAAGCCUAUUUCAAAUUUACUAAAUGAUGCUGAGUUCAAAAAGCUCUAUCAAAAAAUCCAAGAGUAUAAAGGAAAAUAAAAUGUUUCUAACUUGACAGCUCAAGAUGAUGAAUAUCAUGUUAUAAUAAGAUCAAAUGAAUAUGCUGCUAUUAUUGAAAGAGAAAUCUAAGCUGUGCAUAAAUUUGCAAAGGACAUCUUCUUAAAGAGAUUAGCUGAAUUGCAAGAUAUUGUUAUCAAUCCUAUUGAUUAUGCAAAAUGUGUCAAGUUAAUUAAAAAUGAAUCGGAUAUCAUGAAAUUAGAUUUUUCUAGCAUUCCUACAUUAACUAUGCAGUAAAUUACUUCUAUUUCUGUUGCAGCUUCGCAAGAAGAAGGAAAGUAUUUAAAUGCUAGCGAAUACAAAUAAGUCAUAGCUGCUUGUGACAAUAUUUUAGAACUUCACGAGAUGUCAUUAUAAAUAUAAGCUUACAUAGAGAGUCGUAUGAAAUUUAUUGCUCCAAAUUUAAGUGCUCUCGUAGGAAGUACUUGUGCUUCUCGUUUGGUUACAGCAGCUGGUGGUGUGGAAGCUCUCUAAAGAAUGCCUGCUUGCAAUAUCUAAGUUAUGGGUUCCUAGAAAAAAUCACUGUUAGGUAUGUCUAAAGAAGGAUAAGGAAAUAACAGAGGUUAUUUCGCAUAAUUAGAAAUGGUCUAAAAAGCUCCUCCCUAGUUUUAGACAAAACUAGUCAGAAUGCUUUCUACUAAUGUUGCAAAAGCUGUUCGUAUUGAUUUCUUGAAGACAUGUCCUAGUGGAUCUGCUGGAAAAAGAUUGUAUGAUUUAAUGAUUUAAAGAUUCUCAAAAGUCUAAGAACCUCCUCCAGCCAAGAUGAACAAACCUUUAGCUAAACCUGAUGACAAGCCCAGCAGAAAAAGAGGUGGUGAGAAAUAUAGAAAGAUUAAAGAGCGUUUAGGAUUAACUAAUUUGAGAGCUUUAUCACAAAGAAUGAUGUUUGGUGAUUAAGCAGAAGAAGAAUUUAGAGACACAGGAAAGGGCUUUGGUCUAUUGGGAGUUUAAGCUGGUACUAUUAAGGUCAAUGUAAGCAAGAGGAAGAUUAAAUUAAGUAAUGUUAUUAAAUUUUAUUUAUAUAUUCUAAAUUUAAUAUAAAAAUAGCUCAAAAGCAAUAAAAGCAGCAAGCUAAAUAAGAAUAAAGAUAGGUUCCACUUAAAAUAGCUGGCGGAGAUAUGCAAGAUGGUCUUGCAUCUAGCUUAUAAUUUACUUCAAAUUAGGGAAUAGAACUUAUAAAUCCUUACCUUCUCAAGCAAGAUGGUAUCAAGACAGAAAAUUAUUUUAACAAAGAUGUUGGUUUCAGAACUGUUGUAGAAACAAAAAACAAUGUAGGCUUACUCCCAGGUCAAUUUAAGGCUCCUAAUUGAGUUUACUACUUAAUCUAUCUUAAAAUUUAAAUGUUGGUUGUGUUUGUUUUUAAACUUGUUUUUCAUAAAAAUUAUCUUUAAAUUUGCAAUAAAAGUUGUUUAAAAUUUUUAAAAAAAUAAUUAGGGUGUUUUUUUUGUUUUAAACAGUAAAAAUUAGUAAAAAAAUUAAUUUUUGCUAAAAUUUACUCAAAAAAAUUUAGUUUGA